AUGGGCCCCUCCAAAAAGGCCGCGAAAGCCUCCUCCCAGAGUCAGACUCGCGGCGGCAGCAAAAACGACCCCAAAAAAUCUUCGAGGGGUACAACAACUACUCGGGGCAAGCACCAGCACCAGCACCGGCCGCAGAAUCAUGGUGCUGAAUCGGCCGCCGCAAAUCAGAUCGAUCUCUCCGCGACCAUCCCGCUGACCCUCCAGCAACUGCUCCUGAACGUCUUCAAGGCGGCCUUGCUCACGCAUCGAGUGCCUAGCAGCAUCAGCAUUAGCAGCAGCAGCAGUCGGACUGAGAAACGCGAUGGCGAUGGCGAGGGUGAUUCGGGCGGUGAAGGCGCCGAGGCUGUAGUAGCUGAGCAACAGCAGCAGCAGCAGCAACAGCAGCCCCAACUGGACAUCAAAGGCCUCAUCCAGACCAUCAAGUCGCAUCUGUACAACCGGGACUUCGACUCAGCGUUUACGGACGCCGAUGAGGAGCUCCUGCGUGCGUAUGCUCUGCGAUGGAGCUCGUCGCGCGCGUUGGGCUAUGCGGGCAUCUUUAGGGCUUUGUUGGGGGUGCUGUUGAAGCGUGAGGGUCGGGUUGCUGGCGCUACUACUUCGGGGGUUAGCGGUCAUGUGGUUUGUAUUGGUGGCGGCGCGGGGGCUGAGAUCGUUGCCCUUGCGGCUGCUUGGAGGGAUUGGAGUGAUACGAAUGAACCGAAGGCUCAGGCUACUGCCACGGUCGAGGAAUCGUCGACACCCGAUGGACGAAAACAACAACAACAACAACAACAACAACAACAACAACAACAACAACAACAACAACAACAACACCAACAGCGCCACCGGCUCUCCGUCACAGCCGUCGACAUCGCGGACUGGUCGCCCAUCGUCGAUCGACUGGUCUCCACCAUCCGGUCUCCCGCCGUCGCGGGGUCGGACGCGCAUCCCGCUCCUUUGUAUCGAGACGCGGGGCUCAGCAUUGGCCCGGACGCGCACGACAGUGCACGGGCAUCGAGCAGCAGCUUCCAGGUGGGCUUCCAGAAGCUGGACGUCCUUUCGGCCUCGGAGGAGGAGCUGCGGAGGCUGGUACAGCCGGACACCGCCAGCGGACCCGUCCUGGUGACGCUGAUGUUCACGCUGAACGAGCUGUUUUCGACCUCCAUGGCCAAAGCCACGGGCUUUCUGCUGCGGCUCACGGACAUGCUGCGGCCGGGUGCGGUGCUGCUCGUGGUCGACAGCCCCGGUAGCUAUUCUACGUUGAAACUCGGGAAGAACAGCGCCGGUGGCUCGGGCGAGUCGACGAGUAGCAGCACGUCGGAGCGACAGUAUCCGAUGAAAUUCCUGCUGGAUCAUGCGCUGCUCUCCGUCGCGGCGGGGAAGUGGGAUCGGCUGUUCUCGCAGGACUCGCGCUGGUGGAGGCGCGAUGCGGCGCGGCUGCGGUAUGGUGUGGGGGAUGCGGCGGGCUUGGAGGAUAUGAGGUUUCAGGUGCAUAUCUAUCGCCGCUUGGCGGAUUGA